GCAUGUACACUGUAUUUGACUGCAGGGUGUCAACGUUGUACAAUGCCGAGAGUUCCUUAGAGGGCGCUAAUCCCCUGGGUACGCAGAGCUACCGAGCAGUUUCCAGAGUGGGUUUCAUUGGCAAGGUUGCCGGCCAGGGUUGGGCUUUCCGGCUUCAUUAGAUCGCUGGGACAUUGCAUAGAUCACAUGAGCGCCUGUUGGCAGUAAUGGCAAAAGGUAACGGGGGCGUCGCAAGUUGAGAGAAGGUGUGGAGGUGUGUGCCUCGUAAGUUUUCAUUACUGUGGUUAUGUGUAGGGGCUCAUCCAGCCUGUUGCUUGGCAGCUGAAAGAACAGUACAGCAGCGCGGUGUCCGCACCUGGAGAGCUGGCAAGAAGCAGGAUACUGCAGUCUGAUGUGAUGGUGCCCACUAGGAAGUGAUAUUGGAAAGUUACAUACAUUGCUUUACUGCUGGCAAGCUACUUAUAGGGUUCUGUGCAUUUGAUGGUAUUACAAUGGUCGUAUGUUGUGCCAGGCUUUGACUAUGUCAGUCAAGUGUCCCAUUCGUCGAUCUCAUGUUCAUUCAAUAAGGACAAGCCGAGAAGAACUUGUAAACAAAAUAAAAAACACCAAUUGUCUUCUGGAGAACUUGACAGAACAUGGAUUCUUUUCCACUGAAGAUGCAGAGAUUGUUAUGCAGUUUUCAACAAAGUCUGAUAGGGUUCGACAGAUUCUUGACCUUGUGGAAAGUAAAGGGGAGGAAGUUUCAGAAUAUUUUCUAAGUGUCCUUCAAAGAAUACCAGAAGCUUAUUUUAAUUUAAAGCCGUGGUUAGAGGAAAUUUGUUUUCAAGCCUCUGAACAAAUACUUUGUUUGAAUGUUAAAAACAAUGACCCAGUUACAGUUUUUAGCAGAAAAAUAAAACAUGAGCUGUGCUGUGAUGUGAAAUACAUUAAGUCUUACACAGAGAGAGAAGAGAUGAUGCUUCAGGAAACAUAUGUCAAUGGGAUAAUGGAACUGAUAAGUGCAGCAAAUGAGAAUAUGGGAAGAGUGCAAGAUCUCAGCUGUUUGUUCGAUGGCAAUGGAGUGAUAAAUGAAGAUGGGGAAACGAUCUUUGUCUUUGGUGAUGCAGGCAUGGGAAAGACGCUGUUGAUCCAAAAGUUGCAAAACAUGUGGGCCAAAGGAGAAUACUAUUGUGAAAUCAAAUUCUUAUUUAGGUUUAGGUGCAGGACAUUUAGCUUGUUCAAAAAGACUACAUUAAUAACCCUAGAGGACCUUCUCUUCAAGUACAAUUGCAACCCUGACCAUGAGCCAGAGGAAGUGUAUAGAUAUAUACUCCAUUUUCCAGAAACUGUGUUGUUUACUUUUGAUGGCUUUGAUGAAAUACAUUCUGAUUUCGACUUGAACAGCGUUCCAGAGGUCUCCUCGCCAUUUACUCAAACCCACCCAGUGGUCUUGCUUUCUCACCUGCUGAGUGGAAAACUGUUGAAAGGGUCCAAGAAAGUUUUGACAGCCAGAACAGCAACCCAUGUCCCUAAAAAUAUAAUCCGUAAGAAAAUAAUGCUAAGGGGGUUCUCCACAGAAAACCUGCAUGCAUACACUAGUUUAUUUUUUAAGGAAAGUGAGAUUCAUAAGCGUGUGAUAAGCCACCUCAAAGCAAAUCACAAUUUCAGUAGCUUGUGUUCAAUACCCCUCUUUUGCUGGAUUAUUUUCAAAUCCUAUGAACAUUUUCACUCUAUUAAUGACUGUCAGGAAUUUUCAAGCAGCUCAGUAACAUUAACAGACAUCUUUUUACUUAUUAGUGAAGUUUACCUGAACAUGUCAAGUAAAGUUUUUUCCGUUAAGGGAGCCAGUAGAAGCCAAUCAGAGACUUUUAAAAAUGGCAAGGAUACAUUAUUGUCAAUUGGAAGGCUUGCUUACGAUGGAAUGGAAAGGUCCAUGUUUGUCUUUGAUCAGGAUGCUGUCACAUCUCUAAAUAUAUCUGAGAAAGACCUCAAACUGGGCUUCCUCAGAACUGUGAAAGUGUACAGCGAACUAGGUGAUCAUACAUCUUUUGAAUUUUUUCAUAUGACCCUGCAGUCUUUCUUUACAGCCUUGUUUCUUGUGAUUAAUGACAAAACUGGCAGUGCUGAACUCCUAAAAUAUUUCAGCCAAUGCACUUACACAGAAGAUAAAGAACUUCAACAUUCCCCUUUGUCAUGUAUAUGUGCACGUAGAGACAGGAAAGAAGAUCCCUUCAAGAAUAAUGAUCACCUACAAUUUAUCAAUCUUUUUCUCUGCGGCUUGCUCUCUAAACCGAAACAGAGCCUUUUGAAGGACAUAGUGCCCCCAUCAAUACUCAAGAUGAAAAGAAAAGCUCUGAAACAGAAACUUUACAAAAGUGUUAAAUCCCACUUAAAAAGCCUGCCUCGCUCUCCAUUUCUUGAAUAUAAUCGUGUACAUGCACUGACUCACUUUAUUUGGAUGGCACGGUGCAUUUGUGAAACACAGAGUGAGAAAGUGGGAAAACUUGCCGCCAAGGGAAUAUGUGCAGACUAUAUUAAACUAAGUUUCUGUGGAGCAUCGUCAUCUGAUUGUGGUGCCAUUUCAUUCGUACUAAAUCAUUAUCACAAAAAGAUUGCUUUGGAACUAGACAAUAACAACAUAAAUGACUAUGGGGUAAAAGAACUCAUUCCAUGCUUCAGCAAGCUCACUGUAAUCAGGCUUAGUGUAAAUCAGAUCACCGAUGAAGGGGCCAAAGUUUUGUAUGAAGAAUUGACUAAAUACAAGGUCAUCACCUUUCUAGGCUUGUACAAAAAUCUCAUCACUGAUUUUGGUGCACAAUUUAUUGCACGAAUUAUAGAAGAAUGCCCAAAACUAAAACGUGUAAAAUUGGGAUACAACCGUUUUACUGGUGAGGGUGGUACAUACAUAGGCCGUGCAAUUUUGAACAGCACUAGUAUCUGUGACAUUGGGAUGUGGGGAAAUGAAAUUGGUGAUGUUGGAGCUUGUGCAUUUGCUGAAGCAAUUACGAAUCACUCCAGCUUGACACAUCUAAGCCUUGCUUGCAAUGGGAUUAGCACAGAAGGCGGAAAAUCGAUUGCUGAGGCCUUACAGCAAAACACUUCAUUAAAAAUACUCUGGCUCACUGAGAACAAGCUGACAGAUGAAGCGGCAGAGCACUUUGCCAAGAUGGUAAAGGUUAACAAAACCCUCCGGCACCUGUGGCUUGUGAAUAAUCAGAUCACAAAUCAUGGAGCUGAACUGCUGUCCGAGGCCCUGCAGCACAACACUGUAAUGGAGGAGAUCUGUUUACAAGGAAACCCACUCACACUAGGGGAGAAUCAACCAUUUGAGCAGAACUCCAGGAUCUUUUGUAUCUGAUUAACUUGUGUAAAAGAACAAGAAACUGAGGCCCAAAGACUGUAAGACAAAGGGAAUGAAGUGCAGCUGCUUAGUGGGGAAAACCUUGGAGCCGUUGUUGGAAUGAACUACAAACUGCAUAAUAUACGCUAUAUUAUUUCUAUACAGGGAGUAUCAAGCUGUUGAAAAACAAGCAAAGCUCAUGCCCUCUGGUUCCAGCCACUGCACAUUAAACGUUAAGCCUUUGGGCAUUAGAUUAAGGGGCAAAUGCAUCCAAAGCUCAAAAUAGAUCAUGACAAAGUUGACAGUUCUGAAUGUGAACUGAAUACAGUUGUUAGAACUACAAACCAUGAUGGGAUCAGGUAAUAAUGGUUGUUACAUUAA